ACAUGACUAACAUACAAGAACCAAUCACGGAAACACAAUUUGCUGCCAAAUCUGACUCAACAGCUUAAAAUUGUACUCAGCCAAUGAUAGAAUUUUGAAUAUAUAUUUUAAUACGAUAUAAAGCUUCCAUAGUGCAAAUUUAAUACUAGGCCUAUUCAUUUUUCACUUAAUCACAAGUAGCAUAUUUCCUGAAAUGUAGUAUAAUGAAAAGGGAAGAUGUUAUAAGUGAAUAAUAACCUGCUAUUAGUGUCUCAGCCCACCGGUAACAGCUCACCUGGCAGUGAGGUGGGUUAACAACAGCGCUGAUACUUCACACUAACUAGCAUUUUACGAUUAUGUGUGUCUUCUACUAUGUUCAGAUGUAGCGGGAAAUUAUAGCAAAGUUUAAGACAAACGCAAAAAAAGUUACAGAUGUUGGAGCAAAAAGUGUUACAACGCUGCUCUAUAAUAAUAUAACCACUGACCUCUAGGGGUCCUCUGCUGUUACACCAAUAUACUUUUUUGCACAAAACCCCUUAAAACUUCUGAUUUUGUUAUUAUAUAAUGUGUAGAUUAUUAAGCAAUUCUUUUGUUUUAGUGAUUUGAUCUCUGUCUGGCUUCUGCUGUUAUGGACAUCUGCAGUAAACAAGCUCCAGUUCCCGCCACUUCCUGCUGUUGCCACUCGCGGAAACACCAGUGUGUGUGUGUGUGUGUGUGUGUGUGUGCCAGUGUGUGCAUGAAUGGGCUCCGCUUUGCCUGGCGUUAUUGUCUCUUAUCUGCAAGCACCAGGUCGCGGAAGCACCGGCGGGAUUCUGCGGCUGUCGCUGCGCGAAUGAUGGUCGCACACAUGGCGCAUCACGGAGAAACGACGCCGCUGAGCGAUGGGAACGGAGAGGUUUCACCAUCAGACCUGAAGGAUCAUCCUGCUGAAAGCUCUCACAGCAGUACAGAUAACACAUCAACUGAGGAGAGCUCGGAGGAAGAGGAAGCCCAUGAGGAGGAAGAGGAAAGAGAUUCAGACCCCGACACGAGCGCCAGAGCAGAAAAUCACACUGCCUCAGACGAGCCGCUUCAGUCCUGCUGUGAGAAGUGCAGAGCUCUAAAGAAUCCCAAAUUCGAGCUCGUCACCCCCAGGAAAAUGUCUAGAGAUCGGCUACAGCUGCAGCUGGAUGCUGAGGGUGUGUAUGAGUGCUCAGACACCGGGCUGGUGUUCGAGGUCUCUCAGCGCGUCAAGAUCACCUACUGCGUUCUCUCCUGGAGCAAGUUCAGCACAUACUUGACUGGAUCGUGGAAAUUUGCUGGUCCCAUUUUUGACGUGGACUGCGAUCCGUCUAUUCUCAAAUCCGUCCAGUUCCCACACUCACUGUGUCUAGCAGCAGAUAAAGACAACGAAGUGAAGUUCAGCGUGCUGCAUGUGAAGAACAGCCGUGGUCUGAUCGAGCCCUCGGCCGAUCACUCCGGCAGUCACGUCAAGUGGACCGUGUCAUCUCUUUCACCCGUGGGUCCGAUUGUUCAGACGUCUAAAUUAGCAGAGCACCAUGGGGUGGUGCAGGUGUUCAAGGAGGUGGGCCACGAGAGCUCCUUCUCCUUCAGAGUUUACCUGGCUGGAAACAACUGCUCUGACAUCAAGGACAUUAGGAGGGCCGUCCGGCGGUCGAACAACUUUAGGAACAACAAGAGGUACAUACAAGUGGACAAGCCACCCACAUGCAUGCUGGAGGAGAACAGGAGGUACCGUCUCAUCAGCGAGCCCAUGGGUCACAUCACACCGGAGGACAUGCUCUUCUCUCCUGUCAUCGUGGAGGUGAAGGGAUACUUCGAGGUCUUCUUUGAGGAAAGUCCUCCCUUCAAACUGUCCUUGACUGAUGCUGACUCAGGUCAUACUGUAUGGACGGCUACCAUCAGAGAGGGAGACUGCGUACAUCAUCUAAAUGAAAACCCCAGGAAACCAUCGAAAGGCAGAAAGAGACACAGCAGCACGUCGGAGGAAGAUCUCUGUCACAAACACAGCAAGAAAGCUCGCGGCAUUGAUGAGGCCGACUGUCACGCGACGGCCCCAGCCCCGGCUCCGACUCCGGACCUGACGGACCAGCAGCUGAUGCAGGUGGCUAAACGCAUGGGGAGGGAGUGGAAGGUCGUGGCCAUCAGCUGUCUGGGCCUCAGCAAGCAGGACCUGGAGGAGAUGGAGGCCGCCGAGGAGAGCGUGACCAUGCUGAAGUUCAACAUGCUGGAGCGCUGGAGAAGACGUCAGCCCAAGGGAAAAGCGGGAAUUCAGGAUCUCCACAAAUGUUUGAAAGACAACGAUGACGUGCCGAAUGAGGUCAUUGCUGUGCUGGACGAGAUGCUACAAAAUAAUUCCGCUACAUGAGCUUCAGCUGUGAGAUGAGCGCACGUCUGUCCACCUGUCUGGAGUCUGUGGACGUCUACCGAAUUUUAAAGCUGACCGAUCAUCAGAAAUCAUUUUAACCAUUGACAGAGACCGAUGAAGUCCUGAGGGUUGUUCUCAUACUGGAAUCUGGAGCUUUCAGGAAAAACUUCAGGAGAACUGAGCUCUGUAGAUACUUGACGCUCUUAGUACAUCUGGUACAUUUUGUAUGUAGCUCUUUGUACAUUUUUAGAUAUUGUACAUAUUUGAAUGUUUUUGUAAGGAUUGUAAGUUGAACUCAGUUUGUUUCGUCGAACUAUGAGCCGUGAUCAUCUGCAUUUGUUUUUAAGGAAUAGGGUUGAUGUUUUGAUCUCAGGUGCCGUCGUUCUCUGAUGGUUAUGGACUGACGUUUUAGUAGCAUAACACCAGCGUAUGAUAUCAUGAUAUUCAUGCAGAUACAAGCUCCAUCCCCACGAGUGACCAUCACUGUUCACAUGGACACAGAGCUCAUGUCGUGUGACACUGGUUCAGAAUAUUUCGGCAAACGGCUGCAUUAGUUUCUCUGUCAUGUGAAAUGUUUGUUGGGUAAAUCCGCACCUCUCACACCUAUAUGAUGUGCUCUCUCAGGGGAAUCUUUAUUCUUUAAAUGAAUAAAUCAUGAAAAUGAAUGACAGAA